GCAGCGCGCUUUGUACAAACCUACAAGCGUCCUUCACAUACUUUGAUGACCUUGCGGUUUUACAAAAAUGCAGUGGCUUCUCGCGUUUGCCGUAAUCAUCCAAGCACUUACGAUAACCUCUGAGUUACAAUCACAAACAAAGAUACAAUGGGUUAAAAUAGGAGACUCCGUCAGUGUCUGCUGCAGCUUUUCCUUGAAAGAUGAAGAACUUCUGAUAUUGUCAAAUGAUGGAUAUCGCCUACAAACAAUGUUGUUUUCUGAAGAACAUGGUAUUCAAAGGAUGGAAGCAAACCAGAACGAAUUCGCUUCCAAGAAGCCUGGCUGGAUGGUUGAUCCGCUGGACAAAAGCUCCAGCGAUCUAUGCGUUCAAAAAGAAACCGGUGUAUCGAUUCAGGCGGAUGACGGUGAAGAAUUUGUCUGUAAAGUGAUUGCAGGAAGGGGAAUUGGCGCGGUCACUCAGCAGGGGAUUAUACGUGUUAAAUUAUAUGUGCCCGUCUCGAUCGACGACAUAACGGAUGUUGUGCUGGUCAAACCGAAUGAGACAGCAACGGCUACGUGCUAUGCCUCAGGUUACCCUGAGUUGCAGUUAUUUUGGCGGGAAAAAACAACUGGAAACGUUUUGGCCAAAUCCAACGCUAGUCGAAGCGAUACGAAUGAGCUUGAACUGGUCAUUCCAUCCUUUACACCAUUGAAGCACGGUGAGAUGCUUGAAUGUGAGGCCCGAAGCGGCUUUCCGGGGGAUAGCAACUUGGCCGUCGGAAAAACCAGAGUAGAAUUUGCCUUGCCCCCGAAUAUUACCGUUACCUCUGGACUGGUGCACACCGAUAUCGGAGCUCGUGAAAAUGUCCAGAUAUACGUGACUGGAUACCCUACUCCUGUGUUUCAUUGCGGUGGUCUACCGUUGAACUCACCUGUCAGGGUUUCGGAUGAGCCACAAGGAGGCACCUUCAUGUACGAAGCCACAGUGGAACGGAUCACAGAGGAGCACCUAAGCAUCUUCGAAUGCGAGGCCCACAAUGAAGCUGGAACGGCAGUGCAGCCGAUCGAAUUUACCGCUGCUCCCUCGGUCCCCGUAAUUUUGUCACUGAAUACUUCAAGAUACGCGGAUUACUAUCUUCUUACCUGGACGGCCAACUCUAGGGCACCACUGAGAAACGUAACAGUUGAAAUAGAACAGCAUCCAGCAGACAAUUUUUCAGAUUUUCUGGACAUUCCGUCUCCCAACAUACGCACUUUGACGUACCCUUUGGGACUGACCUCAUUCGACGACGCACAGGCCUUUGUGGAGCUGAAAAACGACAGUUCUGCAGGCAGAUGGCAGCACACCGCAUGGCAUCACAUUGCCAAUCUGACUGCGGAUACGGAACACGGGAUUCGUCUAAAAGUGUGCAACCGAUAUGCCUGCCAAAUGUCGCACACUGAGGUCAUGGGGUCACACCCGUUUAGCCUUGUGUUCCGGACAUCCAAGUUCAACGGUUCCAACAAUGUCGACCCGUUGAUCUUAUUAAAAUCGCCAUUGGAAACGGCACGCGCACUAGCUGAAGGGAGCAACGCCAAAUUCCCCUUCCAGGAAAAUGCAGCUGCGUGCUCCGAAGUCGCGAGACUUGGUAUACCGCUGUUCUUCUACUGGAAUACGCUACAUCUGUUUUAGUUCGCAGAUCCUCACAAAAGUGUUGUGUUAAACCCCACUAUCCAAUUCCACCGAAAAUCGCCUAUCAACACCCGAUUACCUGUCUGCCCCCCCCCCCGAAUUCGUGGAUUGUUUCUUCCAAUAACUCACAGUUUCAUGUCGCUACCUCGUUCAUUCCGUUGUAUGCUAGAGUCAUGCUCAAGCGUCUUAUUCCCAGCGUUUUGUUCUUCCUCUAUCGUCUGCUUUCAUUCCAUAGUUUAUUCGCAGCACCCAAGCCAAGCAGCUGCUAUCCCUUGACAAAUACGGUUGAAUGUGAACCGGUGAAUCCUCCACUCCUCCCUCCCCACAAUGUGUCCUUCUCUCCAUGGCUCCAGAUCUUUCCUGUGGAGCGUGGACUUUUAUCUCUUUCGUCUUCGUCCACGCGUUCCUCGUUUCUUCGUUAUGUGGAUGUGCGAUGUGUCUAUGAAGAUGCCAGGGAACAUUUUAGUUGAACUGUUCAUUCCAAUUAUGCAUUUUUGUUAUGGUACCUCGAUUUCAUUACAAUUUGAUCAGAAGCUGGUAGUCAAGUUUUUGCUACAACCUGUCCUUGAUCACCUGCAUCUAUUGUUACACCUUUUAUCUCAUUCAUACAACAAUGAGCUUUUGGGUUAUC